UUACAGACUAACGAUCAGCGGAGCCUGUGGACACAAAGAGAGGACAAUCAUCACCGCAAAACACCGCAUUCAUGGUUGGACUGUAGCGCUCGAGGUCUGCAGCAGCAGAGAUGAGGAUCCGGCUGCAGGGUCCCAGCCACGCCGCCAGCCUCCUCGCUGAGCUCAACAGCUGCCGCCAGUCACGACGAUACUGCGAUGUGUUCCUGCAAGUGGGCAACCGCACCUUCGCAGCGCACCGUGCAGUUUUGGCCUGCGCUGGGACGUACUUCCGUAACCUCUUCGCCCGCGCGCCGUCCUCGUCCACCGCCGCCUUCUCUUUGGAGUUCAUCUCCCCGGCCAACUUCGAGAAGGUGCUGACGUUCGUCUACACGGGGGAGAUCUUGACUGACCUCAUCGAUGUCGGGGUGCUGUACGAGCUGGCGGAGAGGCUGGGCGUUAGUGAACUGGUCAGGGCUUGUCACGCCACCUUCCCCGACCUGCAGACUUCUGCAAAUUGCAAAGCAGGAAGUCCAGGAGACGUCACGCUGGACUCUAGCAUGGCGGCUGCUGCUGCUGCUGCUGCGGCGUCCACGGCGGCGGCUUCUGCUUCGUCUGUUUGUUCCUCCGCCGCCUCCUGCUCGUCUAUGUCCUCGCCAGCUGGUCCGUCCGCUGCCCCGACCCCUGCUGCCGCUCCCUCGCCUCUCUUCCAACCCAGGACAGCCAGGAGCAGCCGUGACGCUCACACUAUGUCUAUGUCUCUGGACUUGAAGACGGAGGACAUGCAGUCUCACAUCGGCUACGGGCAGAUGGCGGCAGAUCAUCAGCUAUCAGGCGGACGCGGUCUCCUGACCAGCAGCCAGAGUGACGGCGUGCUGCCUGCGGGGCCGGCGCUCCAGCUGAAGACUGAGCUGGAGGACGAGGAGACUGAGGGAAGCUGUGAGGACAGAGACUCAAAUGGACGAAUGGUUUCUGAGAGCGCCGGAAGCUCUCUGCCGCAGAGCAGCAACGUCGCACCGUCUGACUCCUGCUCCUUCCCCGACUCCUCGGCUCAGCUCGGAGCUGAGGCGUGUGACCCGACGUCGUCCUCAGGAGAGCCUCUGGGCAGCCUGCAGGUGGAGUCAGUGGAAGGCGGCGUGGUGGACGUCCAGAGGGACGGCAGGCUGAUGUUUGCAGAGGUGGAAGCGGGUGAGAAUGAGGAGGAGAGGGAGGCGCUGAAAGAGAAUGGAGCAAUAGAGGGAACGGAGGAGGAGCAGUGGAGACAGCUGGCAGGGGAGAUCAUCGAGCUGAGCGACGAGGAGAACUUCAUGGAGGAGGGAGACGAAGAGGAGGACGAGGACGACCUCGUGUACGUGGAGAACGGAGAUGGAGGGAGCUCAAGCAGUCAGGUGACGGGGAACACGCUGACAUGUAAAGCGUGCGCGGCGCCUCUGCCAGCAGACCCGGCUGCCAUCAGAAGACACGCUGAGACACACGUGACGGAGCUGGGGCUCUGCAGAGUGUGCGGAGCCUCGUUCCCGGACCGCGCCGCCGGGGUCGCUCACUCCCUCUCCCACGUCGGGCUGCAGCUCUUCACCUGCGACAUGUGUCACUCGCAGUUCUGCAGCCAAAACAAACUGCUGCGGCACCACCACCACACGGCCUCCAGUUACACGAUACCACAGGGGGCGCUGACGAGCGGCAGCCAGGGGCCGAGCGCCGAGCUGCAGUGUGCCGUCUGCAACAAAACCCUCAGCAAGGACUUCCAGACGGUCAGAGACCACCUGCUGAGCCACGUGUGUCCUCAGAGCCUCAGCUGCGGCGUGUGUCACCUCCCCCAGCUCUCCCUGUGCUCCCUGCUGUGGCACGCCCUCUCCCACCUCUCUCUGCCCGUCUUCACCUGCCCGCACUGCGCCCGCUGCUUCGUAGAGCGCUCCCUGCUGGACAGACACAUGACCGUACACGCCGAGGAGGCGGCGGCGAAGGAGAGGGAGCGCUCGGCGCUGAGGGCUUUCAGAGCCGGGGCGGACGGAGUCGGAGGAGGUGCUGUUGCAGGAGUGGAGGAGCUGCAUUGCUUCCUGUGCCCGCAGACUUUCCGCUCCUCCUCCGCCUUUCAGUACCACCUCAGCCUGCACACCACCGAGUCCCUGGGGGCCGCCGGAGGGGUCGGGGGCCAAGGCUGGUUGGGCAAACGUAAGGCUGACCAGGCUCUGGAUUGCCCGUCUUCCUCCUCGCCACGGGAGGUCGGCAGCCUCGUCAAAAUGAGCAACCUGGGUUUGGGGCUCGGGAUGAGCUUCAACAUACCUGAUAAGUUUUUUCAAGGGUCGAUGCACAGCCUGCCCUCCGGCGUCCUCACCAACGGGAUCUCAGGGCAGGACGGUGGAGUCGGAGCGGCGGGCGUCCGUGGGAAGUGGUACCGAUGUCGGUACUGCGGUAAACGCUUCGCCCACUCCGGGGAGUUCACCUACCACCUGCGCAUCCACACCGGGGAGAAACCGUACCAGUGCAAAGUCUGCCUUCGCUUCUUCCGAGGCCGCUCCACCAUGAUCUGCCACCUGAAGACGCACGCCGGCGCCCUCAUGUACCGCUGCACCGUCUGCGGACUUUACUUCUCCACGCUGAAGCUGGUGUCGUCGCACAUGGAGCUCCACAAGGACCACCUGCCCCCGGACUUCAACAUCGAGCAGACCUUCAUGUACAAUGAUCACUCUAAAGAGCCGCUGCCCGCGGUGGACGCCUGACGCGUCGGCGUCCUCUCCUCGUCCCUUUUCCCUCCGGCUGACACCUCUGUGUCUGGUUGUCGUGGACCACAAACUUCUCAUUACAGACUAGGGCUGGAAAAGUAACGGUUAUUUUUAAUAUUGAUUACUUUGAUGAAUCGGUUAAUCGUUUAAUCGUCUGUAAAAUUUUGAAAAUAGAUUUCACAAUUGUUCCAAAUCUAAAUUUUAUUCCACUUUAAGUUCAAAACCCAAAGAUAUUCAGUUUACAAUGAUUUAAAAAAAAAGCAAAUUGAGAAGCUACAACAAGAGAUUAUUGGCGUCUUUUCUUCAUAAAUGACCUAAAAGAAUAAAAGAAUACGUCACCCGCAAAAUGACCAUUUGUUUAUAGUUCAAUAUAAAACACUUACGAGUAUCGCGCCACUCCACUGUGCACAAGACUGCUCCACUGAUGUGUUUUAAAUCUUAACAUUUUAGCAAAAAUAUGUUUGUGAAGCACUGAGCAUACGCCUAGAUCAAUGAGACUCGGAUUUUACUGCACGAGUUCUGAGAGUCUGGAAACAAAUGUUUUGAUGCAGUUUUGCUGUUAAAUGCAAAAACCAGUUACCUAAAUUCAUGAAUAAUGCUCACUUUU